GUAACGACGUGCUCGUGCACAAGACGCCUCUCUGAUUGGUUCGUUGCGAAUAUUUACGGAAGUGGAAGAUGUCCGCAGGAACUGAACACUGUAACUUGUCGACCUCCUCAUAGAGAAGUGGCAGCAUGCAGGCAGAGGACCGCGUCUCAUGUCUAAAGUCUGAUUUGUUGGAAUCUUCUGGGGCAUUUCGUGUUCUUGUUGGCGUAACGGGGAGCGUGGCAGCCUUGAAACUACCUCCUUUGGUCUCUCACCUCCUUCAACUCCCUGGGGUGGAUGUAAGAGUGGUCACUACAGAGCAUGCCAAGCACUUCUACAAUCCUGCAGAGGUCUCAGUCAAAAUCUACAGUGACGAGGACGAGUGGGAGCUGUGGACACAGAGAUCUGAUCCUGUCCUACACAUUGAGCUAAGGCGCUGGGCAGACCUCUUCGUCAUUGCUCCCCUUGAUGCCAACACUCUUGGAAAGAUUGCUAAUGGCAUUUGUGACAAUCUGCUGACAUGUGUGGUAAGGGCCUGGGAUACCACCCGACCUCUCCUUUUCUGCCCCGCAAUGAACACAGCUAUGUGGCAACAUCCUAUUACUGCCCAGCAAGUGUCCAAGUUGAAAGAGUUUGGAUAUGUGGAAAUCCCUUGCAUUGCAAAGAAACUAGUGUGUGGAGAUGAAGGUAAAGGCGCCAUGGCGGAGGUAUCAACUAUUGUAAGUGUUGUCGGACAGUAUCUCCAGAAGCCAGAAGAGUCAUCUCAGGAAACGUGAACAGAACAUUAUACCGCUCUUUCCGCAUCAAAUGCCAAAACUGAAUAAAUGUGAUGGCUUCCAUUCAGUUUCCAGCUUUGCCCCACACACCCACGGUCGACUCACGCACCAGCUUACACCUGUUUUACAAAUAAUAAGUGUACAGAUCAUUACUGACUGAUAUCUCCCUGACUCCUUUGUUAGUAUUGUUGCACCUGUUAGGGUGGAGCACCUUUAUCCUAACAAACACCUGGUGUAAUUUUUUAAGAAUUUGAUCACCUGCAACUUCUGGGGCCAGAUGAGCUGGCAAAAAAACAAAAAAAUAACACAUUGAUGGUAGUAUGUUUAAGAAAAAACAUCAGAUGGCUUUGUCACCUUUUCUGCAGGGAUGGAAUGAUACUAAACACGUUUAUUUAAUGAAUAUCAGUGAGAAUGAAAACGUCUGCUCUUGUUUUCUGCCUACAGGCAUGCACUUGUGUGUGUACAGCCGCCAGCACAAACGUGUCCAUUGUAUUGUAAUCUCUUCCUUGUUGUUUUUUUUUUUUUUUUUUUUUUUUUUUUGCAUUUGGCAAAGAAAGUUUGACAAACUUGUUUAAUGACGUGUUCCAUUUGUAUGUCAUUGAAAAAACGUCCUCACAAUUUA